AUUACAUUACUUCACUCAUCACUGUGUUAUGUGCUCGAAUAUUUUAUUUGCAUCACAUAUAGUAACGGUUUACUCGUGCUAUAUUGAAUUCUCAAUUUAGUUUAAUGCGAAUCGUGAUCUAUAUUAUAAAUAAUGACAUAUCGACUAACCAAUCUGUUAUUUCACAAAGUUUUGAUAUUUAGUUCCCGCGGAGAUUAUAUUAUGAAUCAGUUAAAAUGACUCCAUUUAAGGAAAAACAAAUUGUAUCCAAGAUAUUUAACUGAUAGUGGAAUUUACCUCUCUGCAUAUUAAAUCACUAAUUUUCUUUCAUAAAUUAGAACUAAGUUAAGUUUUAUCAGUCCAAUUCGAAUAUAUUUCUUAAUAUAUGCUACCAGUUCAAUUUUUGUUGACAAAAACGUAUGUAAGAUCGAAUGUUAUCACUGAUGAUUUAUGCACAAAUACCUACACAUUUUUUUUAUAUCGACUUAGUAUCAGUAAUAACAAGCGUAAAGCUUUAUUGAUACAAAUAUAUAAUUAAAACAAAAUAUGAGUGAAAAUAAAAUUGCGAUUGUAACAGGUGCUAAUAAAGGCUUAGGUUUUGCCAUCGUCAAAGGUUUAUGCGAAAAGUUUAAGGGGUCAGUUUAUUUAACAUCACGAAACGAAGAUCGUGGUAAUAGAGCUUGUCAAGAGUUGCAGAAGUUAGGUUAUAUACCGCAGUACCAUCAGCUCGAUGUAACCAAUGAAAAAAGUGUGUUAAAUUUAUGUUCAUAUUUUAAGUCGCGAAAAAUUGAUUUGUUGAUAAACAAUGCCGGGGUACUGUUUCUAAAAGACUCAAAAGAAUCGAAGAUUUACCAAGCAGAACAAACUUUACUAAUAAACUUCUUCGCUUUAGUUAACUUUACUGAAGCAAUUUUACCUCUUAUGAAUGAUCAUGGCACUAUUCUCAACAUUUCAAGUUCUUCUGGACAUUUGUCACGAAUACCUUCAGAAAAGUUAAGAAAAGAAAUAAUUGAUCCUAAUCUAAGCUUAGCAGAAUUGAAGAGUUUAAUGGAGAGAUACAUAGAUUCUGUAAAAUUCAAUAGAGAAAUUGCCGAUGGCUGGGGAGAUUCGCCUUAUGUUGUGUCAAAAGUUGGUUUAAAUGCGUAUACUUUUAUACUGAAUCGGAGACUUAAAGAACGGGGUAUUUUAGUAAAUUGCGUGCACCCCGGUUAUGUGAUGUCAGAUAUGACACGAGGAGCUGGUACUGUGACUCCAGAACAAGCCGCUGAAGUGGCGUUACGAUUAGCACUGAUGCCUGAAGCCGGUGGUUUAUAUGUAUGGCACAAUGGUGCCACUGUUCCAUGGGAUGGACCUGAUCCACGCGAAUAUAUCGAUGGAAAAUCAGUGUAAUAUCAAUGCUGCGUCAGCCAUAAAUACCUCUACAUCAUUCGUAUAAUACAUAAUAGAAAUAAAAGAACUAAUUUUAAUUUUCCAAGUUAUCGAAUCAAAUGGCAAUCUAUUUAUUUGAUUUUUGACUCAUUACUUGCAAACUUCAGUAUCAUCAUUGGGGAUGAAGAUAUACAUAUCUUUUCAGAUAUUACCGUAGUUUACAUUUCGCACAAAUUGAAUACAUUUUUAAAAUAACGAUUCAAUAGCUUUAUAACAAAUAUUAUCAAAUAUCAUGCAGAAUAAAAGUUGUCAUAAAAAGUUAUUUAUUAAUGUCUUGAUAUAUGAUAUUUACUUGAUAAUAUAACAUUUAUUAUAAGUUACAUAAAUAUGUCUGGCCUCUUUGUUUAUUAUAUUUCUUAUAACAUUAAAAUAAUAUAUUUUUACUCAUCUUGUAUGGUGUUUUUUUUUAUUAUAUUAUCCCUAUUAUAUAACAAUAUAUAACUGUAAUGUAGGUGAAUGUAUUAAAAGAAUCAGAGAUAAUACUUCAAUUUUAAUGAUCUUUUCAUUGAUGGAUAAUGGCUCAAUAAUGUACAAAACUGAACCGAUAAAUUGGCAUCUCAUUUUUAUAUAGAAAAAAUAAUCUGAUGUAACAGGGCUAUGUUCUAGCAAUUAUAUAAUAUAUAACGAAUAUACAUAUAUCUUCAGUCGAGAAUAUUAACAGAACGAAAUCUAAGAAAUAUGAUAAGACGCGGGGAGCCGAAACUA